AUGAACACUCGUUUUUACGCGAAAAUUGAAAAUAUCAAAUUUAAUUUAAUAAUAAUAACGGUGGGGCUUUCUGUGUCGAAUCGCCUUUUCUCCUUUUUGAGCCACUGUUGCCUCAACUUGUUUGUUUCAGAAUCAAAUAUAAUAGUUGUUACUGUUGAUUUCAGGCUCCUUCCACUACAUCCUCUUCCUGCAGCUUAUGAAGACGGUUGGACUUCUCUCCAAUGGAUUGCUUCACAUACAAGUAAUGACACAUACAAUAAUAACUUUGAAAGAGAAUCAUGGUUACUAGAUUAUGGUGAUUUCGACAAAGUUUAUGUAGGUGAUGUUAAUUGUGCUAACAUUGCUCAUGACUUAGCUAUGCGUGCUGAAUCUGAAACAUUACCAAACAACCUUAAAAUAUUGGGUGCAUUACUAUGUUGUCCUUUUUUCUGGGCCUCGACCCCAAUUGGGUCAGAGCCUGUGGAGGAGCAUGAGAGUAGCUUGGCUAUGAAAGUGUGGAACUUUGUGUAG